AAAUACAACAAAAUAUCAUUUAUAGUUUGUUGUUGUUUACAAGUCUUUUAAACAUAUUUUUAUUUCUAUAAUAUUCGACCAAACCAUAAGAUAACAAUAAUGACUUCUGCGCUUUAUUUAGAACACUAUUUGGACAGUUUAGAGAAUCUUCCUGUUGAAUUACAACGGAACUUCACACUGAUGCGAGAUCUCGACUCGAGAGCUCAAGAACUAAUGCGUAAUAUUGACAAACUGGCAGACGAUUAUAUGUCAAAUGUUAAGGGAUACACUACGGAUAAAAAAGGUGAAACUAUGACAAGCAUACAACGUCAGUUUGACAAAGCAAAGGAAUACGGCGAUGACAAAGUUCAAUUGGCUAUACAAACUUAUGAAUUAGUGGAUAAACAUAUUAGGAAAUUAGAUUCAGAUUUAGCGCGUUUUGAAGCUGAAAUUCAGGAUAAAGCCAUCAGUGCUACUAGAAAUAUAGAGGAAAAUUCACAAAAACGAGGACGUAAAAAGACUAAAGACAAAGAAAUUAAAAAGAAAAGUGCAUCGAGUGAAGAAGAAACGGCUCCCAAUAAAACAUCUAAAAAGAAACAACUAAAAAAAAGGUUUGUUUUCAACAUAAUUUUAACCUUAUUCGAGUUGAUUUCUUUGUAUUAUAAUUGCCAACACUUUUCAGGAGUUGCAAAAACAACAAGUGCAGCACCUAGUAAAACACCUUUAAUUAAUGUUGCCACUAAUCCAACAAACCCUGCCAAUAGUGUAACCAGUGUUACAGUAGAAACUAGUUCCCUCACUGGUGCGUUAGUUGGUGCCGGAGUUGCACAUUCAGCUGAAGUAUUAGACAUGCCUGUUGAUCCAAAUGAACCAACAUAUUGUUUAUGCAAUCAAGUUUCUUAUGGUGAAAUGAUUGGCUGUGAUAACCCAGAUUGUCCUAUUGAAUGGUUCCACUUUGCAUGUGUAAAAUUAACUACCAAACCCAAAGGAAAAUGGUUCUGUCCUAAAUGCAUUACAGAUCGGAAGAAAAAAUAACAUUUUAAGAAUGAUUUAAAUUUUUUUAUUUUAUACAUACAUAUAAUUACAGUGUUUAAAUGAUGUUAA